AUGAGAAAAGAUAGCAACGGACCCAGGCUCCAUCUUCCCAGCAUCCCGAGUGCGGCCAUUCAACAAGCUGCAGUCAAUGCCUGUGUCCAACAACAAAACAAUCUUGGCCAAGAAGAAUCAAAUGCUCCAUCAAAAUUUCCUAACGCCGAGAGUGAUCGGAGACAAGGAGGUACUGAUGCAUCUGCAAAAAUGAGCCGUUCUCAGACUCGUGCUUGUGCUCGUGCAGGUGAACCAAUCACAAAACUCUCUGGACCGCCACCGUCUUUAUUCCAACCUCUUGACUCUGACUCGUCACCUGAGGAGGGCAAAUCGUCGCAGCGUCGGAAGACUUCGCAUUUCACAUGGGCGUUCGCAGACCACGUUGAUUUUGGUAAACCUGGUCCUGGCAAUAAGUACCAAAAACCCAAUUCAGCGCAGGACCCAGUACUAGUGGGGGACGAUUUGACGGUUGAGAAGACGAAUGAGGAAGUCAAUAGUCAAUCACAGGAUGUUGACCGCCCAGUAACAGAAGUUCCAUGUGUCAUUGACCUCACAAAUGGGGAUGAGGAUGAAUUACCAGCGGAGAAUGAGAAAGACAAUUGGAUUGAUGAGAUUGAUGGACAAAAUCAUUCUGAAGACUUGGGGGACGGCCAGCGUCUUGCUCAAGACUACCAGAGCUUUCUUACUCCUAGGCAAAAUAAAUUGGCGCCCACGAAUAACCCCAUUCAACAGAUUCCGCCGGUACAGCCUGUUUCACAAUACCAUCCACAAAUUCCAGUCAACGCACAAAGUUUGGCUCCUCAAAAUGGAAUUCCGCAUCAAUCCCAACUUCAGGAAGGUUCAGUGGUUGAUGCGCCAAGUGGUCACACUUACCCCCCUAAUACCAACCAUCCGAAUUCUGGACGACAAUUUUCUCACAUUAACGGCAAUUUUUCGAGCUCUCCUUCGAAUUAUUCGUCACCAUAUGGGCAGGACAUCCAACAGACUCCGGAAGUAGAACCUUUUCAAUCAUCCUACCCUGAACUUAAAAACAAUCUACCCUUCUUCAAUCCUAAUGAUGAGUUUCUUCAGUUUCUUGCAUUUGAGGAAGAUUAUGGAUUGCAACACCUUCCAAUGGAUCAAGCAGCUUCACUCCCUCACCAUGAUCAAGCAGCAUCGUUCCCACAUCAUGGUCACUUGAACCAAACUAAUGAAAAACAUGACGACGGCUUUAGUGAUGGAGAAAGUGAUAGCGAGGAGGGAAGCUCGGCUGGUAGAACAGGAAAUAUUCAGAAAAACGGACGCAAUGCAAAAACGAGUCCCCGGAAAUAUAAACCACGACCACGCGAGACUCGUGCUGAGUAUGGCUACCAUAGACCAUGGAUGAGUUACGAAGAAUACAAGUAUCUCUUCCCUUUGGCUGAGCCACGUUUGUGCUUUGAAAAUGCUAUUGCACAGCAAAUGGAGGAAGACAAGGCAUUGAUAGCCAAAGGAGAGGCAAUCCCUCCAAGAAUUCCCAUCACAAGACACAUCAAGAUUUCUCACGAGAGGCUCGAUGCACUUAACCAACUACGUCUUUCAAAAGGUGAUGAGCCAUUCAAGCCGAAGCUUUCAGGCGUGAAAGAUCCAUUCGCUUUCCUCGAUGCAAAAAGAAGACGGAUUGAGGAAGAGCAGGAAGGCUUGCCUGGCCACGAGAAUCAAGAAAUGAGACCAAAUGCAAAGCGCCCGAGACUCGCCCCAGCGCCAAUCCAAACUGCCGCACCUAUGAAUGGCAAUCCGAUGAUGGUACAGCAAGAUCCUUAUGCGAUGGAGAAGCGCCAACGUCACUAUUUGGCAUACCGAGUACCAAAGCUGAGGGAAAAAUGCAAAGCUUUGAAACUUAGCACCCUAGGGCUGAAAGGAGUUUUGAUACAACGUUUGGUGGACCAUGAGGCCAAUAGCCGUCCUGCUGUUACAAACAAUAUUCAGCAAAGCAAUCGGGGUCAAAGUGGUUGGGUAGUUCGCCAUGAUCAGCCAAUGCCUGAUGUCGGUCCCAUAAAUGGAAUGCAUGCCCGUCCCGUUGGCUAUCAAGGAAACACUCGUGUUCGUCCUCAAUAUUCAGCGCAACGCUUUGCUGGUGGAUAUAUGCCUAGUCUUCCUGAAGGAUCAAUGCAUAACCCGCCUCAAGGAAUAUACGGCACUAGCAUGCGACAACGACCAAGUGACAAUGGCAAUGGACAUGUUAAUAGGGCUAUGGGUAUGACCUCCAACCACAUGUCCCGUGAUAUGAACUGGAAUGACAGCACUCAACCGUUCUAG